AUGGCUUCAAGCGACGAAAACGAACUAGAUUUUGAAGGUUUUUCUGAACAAGACAUCGUUUUAGAUCAGGAACGUAUUGAUGCUUUAUUGGAGAAUGCUUCUGACAUUGAAUUUAGUGAUUUGGAAGAUGAUCAAUACGAAAGUGACGACGAUAUCCCGCUUGCAAGAUUGCGAGAAUUCCGACAUGAAAACGAUGACGCCGGCAUUGUUGAUGAUGUUGACCAUUGGUCAUCACAACUUUCAGCGGUGAAUUUGGAAGCAUUUACGGGAAAUCCAGGGCCUGUUACUAUCCUAGAUCGUAACCAGAAUGAAAUUAAUUUUUUUCAUUUGAUUUUUGACGAUAGUUUCUAUCAAUCUGCCGCAGAUGAGACUAACAGAUACGCACGUACUGAGAUCGCGAAAAAUGGCCCUGAUCCAAAAUGGCAGGAAACUAAUUCGGCAGAAAUAAGGGCUUACAUUGCCUUUCAUAUAGUCAUGGGGAUUGUUGUGGCACCCACACAGGAUAUGUAUUUUUCCAAAAAUACAAUGUUUAGACCAUCAGGCAUUCAUGAAAGAAUAACCAGGGACAGAAUGGAUAAACUUCAUCAGUAUUUUCAUGUGGCAAAUACAACUACGAAUCCUCCAAGGGGACAACCUGGACAUGAUAAACUUGCCCAUGUCAGACCAGUAAUCGAAAAUGUUAGACAGAAGUUGAAAACCCAAUACAGGCCACACAAAGAAACAUCAGUUGACGAGGCUAUGGUGGCCUACACAGGAAGAUUGGGAUUCAAACAAUAUAUCCCUCUCAAACCGACCAAACGUGGGAUCAAAAUUUGGAUGAGGGCUGAUCCAAAUAACGGAUAUGUGAAUGACUUUCAAGUCUAUACUGGCCGUGAAAACAAUGUGGUUGAGAAAGGACUUGGGGAGAGAAUCGUGCGUGAUUUGACAAGGGACAUUUGGGGAAAUUAUCACCAUGUUUAUUGUGAUAAUUAUUUUACAUCGGUACCGUUGUUCUCCGAGCUGCUGGAAAACAAAACAUAUGCCUGCGGAACAAUUCGUUCUAACAGACAGGGAAUUCCACCUGCUGUAGCAAAAGCAAAAUUAAAAAAGCAAGGGGAUCUUGUACAGCAACAGAAGGGGAAAAUGGUCUGUACAGCAUGGCAUGACAAAAGGACUGUCUGUCUCCUCACAACAAAUUCCAACCCGACAGAGAAUACCACAGUCCAAAGGAAAAAAAAGGACGGAAGUGUACAAGAAGUUCCCUGCCCUAGUGCCAUCAAAAUGUACACACAAAACAUGAAUGGAGUAGACAGGGCUGAUCAGCUGAGAUCCACCUACAAUAUUGGUAGGAAAGCAUCUAAAUGGUGGAAGUAUCUCUUUUGGUUUUUGGUUGAUAUUUCCAUCUGUUCUAGCUUCAUUCUGGUGAAGGAGUCGCCAAAUCACCAAGUGACAACGCGAACUGGACGCAGAAAAGAGCGCACACAACUUGAGUUCCGUCAGAAUUUAGCAAUUCAACUUCUAGGAGCGUACUGGGGAAAGAGGAAAAGGGAAUUGGUGGAAGACAAACACACCAGAGGACUUCUACAUUGGCCCGCUGACCUCGGAAAAAAAAGGACAUGCAAGCAAUGUUCUAAGGCUGGUGUCCGAAAAGAACCAAAAACUGGCUGUGAACAGUGUCAAGUUAAUUUGUGUGUUCCCUGCUUUAAACAAUACCACAAGGAUAAUUUCCCAGAGCUAUUCUAG